AUGUACUAGUUUCGCAUUUGGUAACAAACUAUUAAAAGAAUGAGAUCACAUCAUAUCAAUUUUGUUUUAUCAUUUGGUACGAUAAGAAAAUCACCGAUCUCAUUUAACGGAAUACAGUAUUCGUUGGAUAAAAUGCAAAAAGAGAAUUAGAAAACAUAAUACUAGUUAUGGUUAUGGAGGAUCAUCCUCCGCUCCAAUUCCUCACCGAAAUUUAGUUCCGCCUUCUUCUGCAUUAUCAAUAAUCAACCUUUAUUCUUACAUCACAACCCAUCUCGGUUUUAUCAAGCAUGGAGGCACCUACGGUCGAUGUGGACCUUUUGCCGAAGAAGAUUGAAAAUGAGAAAGAGAGAGGUCCAAUGUUCCAUUGCGAUUUGCAUGAUACAGAAGUAGUUCACAAGCUGGCACAGAUGUUCUUGCCAGGUUUAGCUUCUGCCUGUGUUGAUAACACAACUGGAGAUCCCUUCAAUACUCCUGGUUCAGUUGCAGUUGAUUUGAAGAGCGAAAUGAUAGAUUUCGUUACACAGAGAAGUGAAUCGUUUGUUGCCGAGUCUGUUAUCUUAGAUAAUGGUGCUGAUGGUGAAGUGUCGGAUCAUCCUUUUGAUAUCAUUUCUUGUUUUGUUGACGACUUUGUAACUUCGAAGAGGAAUUUGUUGAGUCAGGUUUCGGGAUGGUUGCUAAGCGAUAAGAGGGAAGACAAGAUUGAUGAUUUUGUUCAGGAGAUGGAAAUGAAUGGUUUUUGGUUGCUAGACAGAAGAGAAAAAGUUGCAGAAACUUUGCUUAAGAAUGUUGACUUUAAGAACUUGUUUCAUUGCAGCAUGAGUUUUACUAAUGCAGAAGAUCUUGCAAACCAUGUCAAUAACUGCAUCUUCAAACCUGUGUUCUGCGAUAACGAGGGAUGCAAUGCAAGGUUUAGCGCAGGUCAUUUGAAGGAGCAUGAAUCGGAUUGUCCUUUUAAGAUAAUUCCGUGUGAGCAGAAGUGUACAGAUAGCAUUAUGAGACGUGAGAUGGAUAGGCACUGCAUAACUGUCUGUCCGAUGAAGCUUGUGAAUUGCCCUUUCUAUGCGGUUGGUUGUCGAUCGGCUAUUGCUCAAUGUAUGGUUGGAAAACAUUGCUCAGAUGAUCUUCAUUCUCACUUGUUGCACAUGCUUAAAGGGAUCCACAAGGAUGCAUCCGGUGGAGAUCUUAAUCGACGAGUAGAGCAAAUUGUACAGGCAUCAUCAAGCAAUAGAUUAGCAGAAGCUCGAGAUGUGAGAUCUCUAAAAGUGAUUGUCAAAGAUCUUGAAGCUAAGCUCGGACCUUUGGAAGUUAGUGCCAUCGAGAAAACUAGUGCAGAAACAGUUGCCAAGAAUGAAGAUAGUGAAGACAUUGGCACCAAAACAAAUGGAGGUGCACAAGGUUUAACUUCAUCAGAUAAAACUGAAGUGAGUGCUAUAUUUAAUAAUGAAGAAGAUAAGUGAACAUAAGGAAAAUGGAAAACAAGGGUAGUAAAGAGAAUGUGUGAAAAACAUGAAUAGAGUCAAAAAUAAAAUCAAAUAGGACAUUGUAAAUGAUAAGUUGUAAGAGGACAUACAAAUUCUUAGUUGAAAAGUUUUGUGAUAUAUUCAGCUUCUUAAUCUUGGUGAUAUGUUGAUUUUUCUUA